UCCGGUGUUACCUGCGUUGCUACCGGGAGCCGUAAACAAGGUGUACAAGCAUCUGGAGAGCUGUCGGGAUGAAGCGGAGCGCAGCCACGGCCUCGCGCGGCUCCGCUCUGCUUCCACUGGUGGGCGUCCUGUUCUUCCAGAGUGUUCACACAGUCCUUUCCUUGGAGAUUAAAGUGGAUGCCCACGUUCGGGGAUAUGUUGGAGAAAAGAUCAAGUUGAAAUGUAUUUUCAAGUCGACUUCAUCUGUCACUGACAAACUCACCAUAGAUUGGACAUACCGACCUCCCAGCAGCAGUCGCACAGAAUCAAUUUUUCAUUAUCAGUCCUUCCAGUACCCAACCACAGCAGGCACGUUUCGAGAUCGAAUUUCCUGGGUUGGAGAUGUAUACAAAGGGGAUGCAUCCAUAAGCAUAAACAACCCUACCACGAAGGACAAUGGGACAUUCAGCUGUGCUGUGAAGAAUCCCCCAGACGUGCACCAUAACAUUCCCAUGACAGAGCUAAUAGUCACAGAAAGAGGUUUUGGCACCAUGCUCUCAUCUGUGGCGCUUCUUUCCAUUCUUGUCUUCAUUCCCUCAUCUGUGGUGGUUGUUCUGCUGUUGGUAAGAAUGGGGAGGAAGUCUGCAGGGCUGAAGAAGAGGAACAAAUCAGGCUUUAAGAAGUCGUCUAUUGAGGUUUCAGAUGAUACUGACCAAGAGGAGGAAGAUGACUGUAUGGCGAGGCUUUGUGCCCGUUGUGCUGAGUGCUUGGAUUCAGAUUAUGAAGAGACGUAUUGAUGAAAGUCUGCAUGAUAUAAGAAGAAUUACCUAAUAACCGAAAAUAUCCCAUUCCACUGGCAGCUAAAGCCUCUCAGAGAAGUGGAGCUGACUUGGAGAAUAGUGAUGGAGGAUUCUGGAAUUCAUCAGUAAAGACUUUAGGAACCAUUUAUUUAUUGAAGAAAUGUUCUUUUUGUAUUUAUAAACUGUUCGGAAACUUUCAGAAGAGACUCAUAACUACCCCUUUUAAUAACAUACUCUAAUUGAAUGAAGGAAUUCUUUUCCUGAAUACAAAGAUACUUUUUAUUUCACCUUUCCUCUUGAAUGUAUUACAUGUUUUCUUCCAAUUUUUUGAGGGAGAAUUCUAGGUGUUGGCCAUACUUCUGAUGCCAGAAUUUUUUUUUAAAUGAAAUGGAGCUUGUAGCUUCCUGAUGUGCUACCAGACAAAACAUUUGUUUGGGAUAAGUAUUUUUUGUUUUUUUGCUCUAUGAACAUUUUUAGCUGUGAGUUUAGCACACAGCAUAUUACUCACUGGUUUAAUUAUGUCAUCAUCAGUUAUGUCUGGAUGACUUGGAGUGUAUAACAUUAAUUUCCUUAGAGUUGGUAGGAUCAGGAGUCAGUGCUUUGAGUGGGUUUUUAAAGUGUCGUCAUUUUUCAGUCAAGUAAAGGAAUGGUGAGGUAGAUGGAGUCCUUUCUUUUGUCUUGCCAAGUACAACUUGGUAUUUUACUAUCUUAGGUUGGUUUCAUUCUUGACUUUUAACACCAGAGGCAAGAAAACUCCUCAAAAGGUUCUGUGGGACUGUAUAGAAUUAUUUUACCAGUUAUUUACAAUGAAAUAUUCUUUUAACCUGUGUUAUUCUUGAAAAUGGUUUUGAUUUCUAAAAUGCCCAAAUAUGAGUGAAUUGAGGUAUUUAUAGACUUUUUAUAUAAUAUUUGAGAUAAGGAAGUGAUAUUGCGCAUAACCUAUACUUCUCCCUUCUGAUCUCUUGCAACCUUAUAUCAACUUCCCCCACUUCCCUGCAGCAACAUUUUAAACUUUAAUUUACAUAAGAUUUUCUAUAAAGCCAUUAAGAAAUAUGUAUGACAUGUCAGGAAGGACUGACGGUGUAGUUCUCUGUGACAGAGUGAUAGAGUUCUCUUCUCAAUUGUGAGAGACAAAAAUGAUCACUUCUUUGUUUUUUCAUCAGAAUAGUCCCUUCUCAUGCUCUUCACUAGGUGGCUCAGUAGGUUACCAUUGUAUAUGCAUUAUACACCAUAUAUGUUAUUAAAAAUCACAUACAUUUUUUGCCAAGAUCUAUUUUUUAAAAUUUGGUUUGUUAGCUAUGUCUCAUAGAUUUGGCCUGACCUCUUUUGUUAACCUCAUCCAUAGAUAGAGUCCGAUUAGUUAAUAGGCACUAUGAUUUACCUCUGGUCAUGUAAGGAAGGAGACGUGGCAAGACAGGAUUGGAAGUAUACAUUUCCAGUGGUUAAACCUCACAGCCUAGGUCUACGUGUUAAGUUUGCAGUUGUCUGGGGCCAAUGUAAUGAGCCAGUUGGGCACCUCAACAGAGAGAGGGAAACAGUUUGAGGAAUAAGAAUAAAUAAUUUAGGCUCUAGGGGAUUUGAAGAUAGAGAUCUAAUUGUGAGGCACACUUUUUGUAGGUCCUCAUUUCUCUGACAAAGAUGAUGGGAACCCAGUUAAAACCACACCCCACUAAAUAAGGAACCAGUUUUAGUUAGAUUUGCUUGUAAUUUUCUCUCAGGCAUAGUUUCAAGAUUAAUCCUGUGUGAUAUGUUUGUCACUUAAGGCAAAUGGUGCUGUAUGAAUCCUUAGUUGUGUUAUUUUGUAGCUUUGAUGAUGAUUUGAGGCAGUCCCUUGCUUUUGGAAUAAAUGAACAACAGAGUCCUUCAUGGGAAGAGAGUAAGUUGAUAAUUGAGUCGGCUCCUUGAGUUUGUGUUCACAUCACAGUCAUCAGGCUGCUAUCAGUUUCCUUCUUCAUCCGUUAUUUUGAGGUCUGGAUUACAGUUUUUCAGUGUCUGGACACCUACUUUCUGGGAGGGAGGAAGGGAGGUGGGGAGGGAGGGUUUUGUUGUUGUUUUUUUUUUUGACCCUCUGUUCUAAUAUAUUCUAGGUGCUACGCUUUAUCUUUUUGAUGUUCCAUGAGUUUUUACCACACCAGCCUUGUCUGGAGACCAGCCUUGUCUAGAAAAGGAAUUUAAAUCUGAAGUCUUCCGAAGGGGUUAAAAGCCUUUCAAAAGCCUUUGGCUGCUCAAGUAUUUACUUCUGGUUACAUUAGUUUAUGAGUUUUGUGCAUCUAACUCUUAAUUCUGUUUCCAAAUGUGAACUUAAAGAAUGCUUCGUGUUUCCCAUGUGACCUAUUACCUUAUGCUUCUUGGGGAACAGCUUAGUUCUCUGCAGCUCCGAAAUUAGGCACUGGUGCUUCAAGGGGGAAUGUUGCAUGUCUCUGCCUUAAAGACUGGAAGUCAGUCCUGAGUCUGAAUGUUCUGAUGUGUCACUCUGUUAUGGUUCUGAAGGGAAGCUGUAAAAAGAUCCAUAGGGAGUCGAUGAAGACUACUGUUUAAUUGCAAAUCUCAAAACUUUGCUGUCAGGAGAGGCAGCUCCAUGCCUCUGACCCCAGUGCUGUACUGUUGGACUGUUAAUUGCUGCAUUUCAAUGUGUUUUAUUUAUGGUACUGUUGGGCCAUGUGCACAGACAUUGUAAUGCUCGAUCUCUUUACCACAUCAUGGUUAAUAAACUUCUUUGCACUUU